AUGUUGCUGGGUGGUGUCGUUCGCGCAGUUGGACCAGAUCAUGGGAUCCAGGAAGCCGGAGUUCUACAGCAUACAAAAGGCAAUGAGGUCGACGAACUUGUGGUGGUUGAGAUCAAGAAAUUUUUGGCGAAAACUCGUAUCACGGGAAGUAUUUCCUACGUCGCCACUGCCCCAUCACGCCCAACUCAACGAACACUCUCCCUCAACGCAUAUCUCGUGUUUUCGAUCGGAACAAUGCAUUUCCAUGACAGUGACCACCAAGGAGUUAACCCCACCCCACGGAAUGAACCUGCUCCAUCGCACUGGGCUGGUCCAACCUCAGCCUGUUCUUCCACUCUGCUGGACUGCUCUUCGCCGUCUAGAGAUGCAUUCGGCCCGACAUUCACCCUCGUCGAAGAUUCGUUGUCCACGAUAUCUGCUCGUGGACAUCGAACAAGACGAGAGUUUGCACCCAUCUUUCAUCCAACUUCAUCUCGGAAGGUGGGCGAAUGUCGGCGAACCAAGGGGCCCAAGCUGAUCCACCGUGCAAUUCGACACUUGACACGCGGAGCCAAAAAUGCCGUGAACUGCUACCAGAAAGACUGUCAACCGAGGCUCCUGCAUCCAGCAUGCACAUCCCGCACCUUCAUCUCCAGAAAAUUCUUGAAAGAUGUUCGUUGGUGUACGAACUCAGGGAAGAUGCGGGGUGCUGUAAAGUACUUAGCACUAGGCGCCUUCGGCGCCAGCAGAUUUCAUCCCCUUGUCGUGAACUUUUGUGAUGACCAGUGA